AUGGCUUACAAAUGUUUCGAGGGUUAUAAUAAAGCAAAAUAUUACAAAGAAGCAGCAGAUACGGAUGGAUCAAAUUCUCUGAAAACUUCUCUUAACCCUGAAAUUCCUGAAUCGCAGCUAAGAUAUGGAGUGUGUUUACAUAAUGGAGUUGGUGUAAACCAGAAUCUAAUUGAAGCGACCAAAUAUUUUAGAAAAGCAGCUGAUAAUGGGUUAGUGGCAGCUAUGUUUAAUGUUGGAAAUUUAUAUUAUUCUGGUAGGGCUGGAUAUCAAGAAAUUUUUUUGGGAGAAAAAUAUGUUAAAUUGGCUGCUUGUAAAAAUCAUCAAUCGGCUAUUGAGUUUUGCAAAGUUAAUAAAAUCAUGUUAUAA